AUGAAUGGCAACAAUUUGAGCAGAUAUGAAGACAUCAGAACUUUGGCAGAUCGCGUGGUAAAUUCAGCAUUAAUGAAAAUAACCAAUACAGAACGAAGAACAAAAAAUCUUGGAAGUUCUACCAGAGUGGAGAGAUCUAGAGUAAUCCAGCAUUUGAGACUAGUACGUCUUGUAAUCAACAAAUCAUAUGGUUAUAUUAAUCAUAUUUAUGGGGAAGAAGCCCAACGUUAUGAUGUUGAUAAAGAAUGCAGACUUUGGAGAGAAACGUUAGACGAGGCAAGUUUUAUCGAUACAACAUGUAGACCGAUGGUGAAUCAAUUUGAUGUUGAGGAAAUACAGGUCGCUGCUGACGUUAUACAUUUGAAUGUUCUCGUUAAGGACUUGGGAGGAAUUUUCAUUUAG